UUUGGGGGUCUGGCUCGGGUUUUCCCGGUUCGAAAAAUGGAGAUUUUGAACCGUCUAUAAACCAUUAAAUUUCCUGUGAGGAAAAAAAAUUCCGGCAAGAAAAUGGCAGCUGCCGGAAAAUGCUUCCUUGUCACUGGCCCUGUUGGUAUUGGUAAGACAACUUUGAUAGUCAGAGUACUCGAAACUCUCAGAAAUUCAAAUCCUAAUUUGAAAGUUCAAGGGUUCUACACUCGUGAGAUUAGAGAAGGAACUGAGAGGAUUGGAUUUGAGGUUGUGACGCUUGAUGGACGUACAGGGCUUCUUGCUUCUAACAAAAUCUCGAGCGCGCAGUCUCUUAGAUGGCCCACUGUGGGAAGAUACAGGGUAGAUGUUGCAUCAUUUGAGUCGUUGGCAUUGCCAGAGUUGCAGGUAAGGGAAGAUACCGAUCUCUUCAUCAUCGAUGAAAUUGGGAAGAUGGAGCUCUACAGUUCCUCAUUCUUUCCAGCUGUACUAAAGGUCCUUCAAUCUAAUAUCCCACUCUUGGCUUCUAUUCCCAUUACAAAAGUAGGCAGAGAUAUACCUGGAGUUGCGAGGAUGAAGAAUCAUCCAGGAGCUAGAGUUUUUACACUUGAUGCAAAUAACAGGGAUGCUAUGAGAGAACAAAUAUGUUCCAUCUUAGCAGAUAUGCUGCAAAAGCCUUAAACGUCGAAGAGCAUAAUCUUCCAGCUAAUGUUGUAAACACUCCUGCUGGUAAACAAACUUUAACCUGAUCGUCAAAUCUUCCAGUAACUUACCUUCAUUAUUUUGUCCUUCGGAGAUGCACUAUUCAAGAAGACAAGAAUGCAAGUGGAAUAUUUCCUUGAUUCCCUUAAAAUCUCCAACACUUUGAACACCAUGGUGGCGUAGAAUGCUCAGAACAAUUGCUGAGAGAGGAAUUUUGAAGACGAGAGAGAAAAAAUGGAGCGAUGUUUUUUAUAACACGUUGCUGGCCAAUUCUAACUAGUCACAAUCUAACUUUUCUGAAGCUUCCUUUAAUUUCUUUUCUGUGUUGUUAUGGUGUACUGAAAGAUGCCAGUGUGUGCUGUUUGAUUAUAUUGAUUGUGGAAAAUUGAUCCAGUCCUUCCCUGAACUCUGUGCAUAGCGGAAGUUUAGUGUGUCAGACUGCCCUUUUUUUUUGAA